AUGGAGGCUAGACCUUCAUACCCCCUCCUACCCAAAACCCUUCUCAUAAUAUCUCUCAAAAUGUACUUCACCCCUCCUCGCACAAUCACCUAUCUCCGCGACCUCCUAGACCCCCAAAACGAAAUCCUCCGCCCAGAAAACCGCUCGAAGCUCCUCCUCGCCCUAAUCCCAGACUUCCUCACCAUAUACCCUUGCUCCGAAAUCCUCCAAUCUCACUUCCCCGAACUACAGCAACCAAGCCAAAAAGGCCAACAACAACAUCAACAACCACCCCCCUUCCUCCUCGGCGCCCAAGACUGCUUCUGGCAACCCCUAGGCCCUUACACAGGCGAAGUCUCACCAUCAUGUCUGCAAUCCCUCCACGUCUCGCUAGUUGAACUCGGGCCCGCGGAGCGGCGCGCCCUCUUUCACGAGACCGAUUGA